GAUUGUUUGCUCGCUGCGUGCGGGGCGGAGGAUCGCUGUUCAAUGUGUGUCCGCAGCCCUCUCUCAGUGCCCCGCUCCUCGACGAGUCCCCGCCACCUCUUCUCAACGGGAGGCACCGCAAGCGCUUGAGCCCUCCCGACGGACGCGAAGGCGAUGGAGUGCGCCGUGGACGCGCAGAGCCUCAUCUCCAUCUCGCUGCGCAAGAUCCACAGCUCGCGGACGCAGCGCGGCGGCAUCCGGCUCCACAAGAACCUGCUCGUGUCCUACGUGCUGCGCAACGCGCGCCAGCUCUACAUGAGCGAGAAGUACGCCGAGAUCUACCGGAUGCAGCAGUACGAGGAGGUCAUGACCGUGUGCAACGAGAUCCAGGAGCUGGACCCGCUGGACGUGUCCGAGGAGUGCGCCGAGCAGGGUGAGGAGUGCGUCGAGCACGCGGCGAGCCUGUGCGGCGCGCUGCUGCCCGCGCAGCUCCACGCAGCGCCCGCGUGCGCCGUGGCCGCGGCGGCGGUGUCCGUAUCGUUACCGCACGGCGAGGACGCGUGCAAGGAGCCCGAGAUGUCCUUCUGCAGGAGCUGCUGCUCCGAGCCGUGCGACUUCUCGUCGUCCUCCUGCAGCCGCACCACGGUGCUGGACCUGGACACGCAUGUGGUGACCACGGUGGAGAACGGGUGCCUGCACCAGGACUGCUGCCAGGGCGCGCACGGGCACGGGCACGCCAAGAAGCGCAAGGCGGACUUCUGCUAUUUUUACGCGUCGGAGCCAGAGGAGUGUCCCGACUUCACGCCGUGCAAAAGAGCGCGGACCUCCGACGAGCUGCCUGGCUGUCCCGGGUCCGAGCAGCUAGACACGUCCAACAUCUCCACCCUCAUCUCCAUGUUCGGCUCCGGCUUCACGGAGCUCGUGAGCAGGCAGGCGGACCUGGAGCAGUCCGUGAACGGACACAUGAACGGACAGCUGUGCAGCAAGCAGGUCCUGGCCAGCCUGGGGGCGUGGACCAGGGCCAUCGUGGCUUUUUGACGCCCCGGACAGCUGGGCUUUGGGGUUCGAGGCUUGGCAUGGACAUGAUCAUGGGUGGGUGUGGGUGGGGGUGGGAAUCUAGUCUAUGGAAUUGUACAGAAUUUAAGACAGAAUCACUUUAUUUUUGCAAGAAAGAGCACCUAGGCUAUUUAAAUAUCUGAGCUUUUUUUUUUUUUUUUUUUUUGUUCUCGUCUGAGAGGGGAACGGUGGUGCCACAUGUGAUGUCGCAGACUUCCUUGGGGACCUAAAACAGCCAACUUUUAAACGUCCUUGAACAGCAGUUUCUAAUGGUCGUCGAUGUGAAUCAUGCCUUAAAGUUAAAGCCAGCGUGUAGCGCUAAACUAGCUGUAGUUUUGCUGCAAACAUUUAAGUGGCUGAAUGAAUGUGAACUAUUAGUUUCUCCUCUUUAACAUGGAAGAUUUUAACACACUACACCACCGAAUCGAUAUUUUAAAAACAUCAAAUUAACACGGGAAGAGUCUUCCGUCUGAAGCAGAAACUAGAUUGACUUAUUUCCCCAUCUGAAAUAAUCUGGAGUUCCACAUGGAUAGUGGCGCUUUAAAAUUGAGUAUUAAAAGCAUAUUCUCGAUUUAGUAUAAUUGUAUUCUUGGCACAUCCUGACGACAUGCCCGCACCUUCCACUAUUGGCAAAAAAAAGCGUCAUAAAUUACUUUUCUGCUUAAACUGUGGUUAAUGUAUUUGUUUAGUAAGUUUCUCCUGUGGUGUCGACUGCGUCCGCUGUCUGUCGCUUUGUGGGACUUGUAGUCCUUUUGUGUCAAUCUUCCUGUCACCGUUUAAAUUGGACCGAUCAGUUUUCACUACAACUCCCAGAAUGCACACCGUAGACUAUUUAAUCCAUCCAUCCAUACAUGCUUUUUAAUUGAGAUUUGAAUUGCAGAGCGUCACUUGCGUGUUACUCCCCCCCCCCCCCCUCCAAUUUUAACUGUAAUUCACUAUGCCAGCAUUGGUCUUGUGAGUUUUUAAAGUUUUUGCUAUUCUGACCUUUUGUUUUAAAAAGGCAAAUUUGUGAUUUUAGCCAUGCAUCCUCUCUAUAU